AGUUCAUUGCAUCAGUGAUCAGAUGAUCAGAUGAUCAGACGAUCAGAGUCAGAGUCAUCAGACAGGAAAUGAAAUGAAUCUGAACGAGAGGGAUUGAGAAGGUCUGACUUUGAAUAUAGUAACAAUAAUUUCACCGGUUCCGGCAGAACAUUCGAAUGAAGUGGCUUCAGGGUUUGGUUGAGUUUGAGUUGCAGGACCACGUCUGUUGCUUUACUUGAGAAUUGAAACGAAUAAGCUAUAGAAUAAUACCUCCUUUCAAUCUUAGUAGUUUCAAAAGUCCCUUGGAAAAAUGUUCAGAUUGCGUCUGAGUUCGGUCUGCCGAGUAGAGAAAGCGGCUUUGUUAGGUCGAGUGACAGGAUCACCUGCUUAUGUUGGCCAAUCUUCCACAAAUCACGACCUUUCUAAUCUCAAUAGCUGUUUUGGACUUGUUUAUGGCAAUAACCCGCACCAUUGUAGAUUCUGCACAUACACGCCGGAAAACGAUUCUAACAAUGGAUCCGAAGUUGAAGAAGGAGAUGGUGAACAUCUAAAUGGAGAUGUGAAUCUUAAUGGAGCCGUCUAUAAAAAGCUGUCAUUUGCUGGCUCACUAGAUCGACCUUUGUUAUUCAAAUGUUCGUCAGUUGCACGUGCAAUUUGUGUUAGGAACUACCAAACAAAUCCUCAUUUUCAGGAGAAGCAGAGCAAGCUGCAAUAUAAUCUAGAACCAUGGAUGACAAGCCAUCCGCAUGCCAUCGUGAAGACUGGGGAACUCACGAAAGAAUUGGAAAAUGCUCGAAAAAUCAUUGAUAACGUUAUAAUCCCGUUAACUGUUCGCGAAUAUGCCCACAAAAUUAAAACACGUUUUCCAAAUAUUGAAGCAGCUGCUCCUUCUGACGAAUUAAAUAGUGAAGAUACCGACGCAGGAAAAUGGAUCGUUAGGGAAAAAUAUUUAUGGCAUAAAAUUCUUGAAGUAGGAUCGAAUGACAUGUAUGUGUCGGUAAUCUUAAAUCAUAUGCUAGCUGAGUUCAGGAAGUACGAAAAUAUCAGUAUAAUUGAUGAGGUGCCUGCGAACAAAUUUAAGGAGUGGAAGUUGAAUUUCUGCCUAGCUAUAGCUGAGGGAUUAAAUUUCGCAAACAAAUUAGCAGCGCAUCCUAGAAGUGAAAUGAUGAAUGUUGAAGAAAAAGUAGUUGACCCGUAUUUGAAGAUGUUUUAUGAUGCGUUGGUCGGUUAAAUAAAACCUGAAUAGGUAGUCAAAAGAAUAUGUACAGUUGAUUUUUGUUAAAUUCUAUCUCUCAUUAAGUAUAAAUCAAAUAUUUCUCUUGAAUUUUCUAGCAGUGAUGUCUAUUGUCAGUUUACCGACUUUCUUCGAUAAAUGUCGAUCUCGAUUCUUUUAAUACCUACCUACAGGUUUAGUUAGUAAAGUUAGGUACUGUAAUUUUUCCCUCGACAACUUGUUUGUUGUAAACCGUUAAUUCAAAUAUACUUAUUUUAUCGACUGUCA